GCAAGUAUACUUUCUCUUCAAGAACAAUAUGAAACUGAGUUGCAUGACCAGCAAUCAGCCAACCUGAUGCAGCUAUUGUUCUCACUGCUAACUCAACAGCCCUUACCUGCCAGAAAAAAUGAGGACGCAGAGGUUUGUGGAGGGGGUGACUCCAGUGAGGAUAUGUAUGGAGUGAUGGAUCCCAGUUCUGUGGGUAUUCAGGAGACUCUGAAUGAGACAAAUGAAAACAAGCAGGAUCACUCACUCCACCUAGAAAGAAAAGAACUCUGCUCUGAAUGUGGAAAUGUUUUUAGUGCUGAAGAAGUUCCCUAUCUAGAAGUAUUAUGUGCAGCAGACUCCAACAAGGGGCAGAACAGAUUAGAUGAGGUUUGUAUAGAAGGAGAGGUGGAGAAGAAUGAAGAUAACACCAGCUAUGAAAAACAAGGCUCGCUUAUUGCUGUUGCAUGGAGCAAACAAACAGAGGCAACCACAGAAAUGGAGAAAACUACUUUAGAACAUGAAACUGAAGACACCAAAGAGACAGAGACAAAUGAACUACCCAUUGAAGAGAAGCAAGAACAGCCGGCUCCUGAAUCUAGGAAUUUGAGCGAUUCUGAUUUUAUUAAAGGGGGUCUACAAGUGGAAGAUGCACAGGAAAUGGCAAUUAACAAAGCAGGCUCUUUUGAACCAGCUGGGACUAGUGGUGUCCAGCGUGAGAGGUCUAUAGUCCACAUUUCUGAGAUGGAGAGGGAGGAAACCAUGAGAAGCUUGGUGGACUUACAGAGAAAAGCUGAAAGUAAGCGUCAAAGAGACAAGGAAAGACAGAUGCUAAGGGUUCAGGAACGCUUGUCCAUUUUACGAAAUAGAAAAUCUGAUGAAGAUCUGCUGGGGAACAAGCAAGGAGACGGACUCAAGCACCUCACUGAAAACCUGAAGAAGGAAGACAAAAGCCGUCAGAAAACUUUAGUAAGACAGAAGCUGGAGCAAGUACGACGUGAGAGGACACAUAUCAUGCAGUCAAAGAGAGACAGGAACACAGCUGGUUUUAAGGAGCUUUUGGAUCCAGUAGUACACAGUAAUCUAACACGUCAGGAAGAUGUCAAAGAACAGAAAGAAAGUGUUUAGCUAUUCCACACUGGACUGUAACUUGACACACAUUGUUUGGCAAUUUUAUAGCAAUUUUUGCUUAAUCAUUUUUCUGCGAAAUGAAGACCAAAGGCAACCAUUUCUUCUUGUAUU